AUGCGUCUCAUCAUCCGCAAAAGUCCGGAUCAGGCAGCGCAGCACAUCACUGGCUAUAUAAUUAAACGCAUUAAUGCCUUUGCUCCGACAGCUGCACGCCCGUUUGUAUUAGGGCUACCGACGGGCGGCAGCCCUCUACCUAUUUAUCGCGCCUUGAUCGCAGCGUACAUCCAGGGGAAGGUCUCAUUUAAGCAUGUCGUGACGUUCAACAUGGAUGAGUACGUUGGUCUGGCUCGAGAUCACCCAGAGUCAUAUCAUUCCUUUAUGUACAAGAACUUUUUCAACCACGUGGAUAUUGACCCGCAAAACGUCAAUAUUCUGGACGGAACCGCUGCUAGUUUAACUGAGGAGUGUCUAGCAUACGAGGCUAAGAUUAGGGCGGUUGGUGGCAUUGAUAUUUUCCUCGGUGGUGUUGGCAGCGACGGCCAUAUUGCCUUCAACGAACCGGGCUCCAGCCUUGCCAGCCGCACUAGAAUCAAGUCCCUCGCGUAUGAGACUAUGAUCGCAAAUGCGCGGUUUUUCAAUGGUAACCUGGACUUGGUACCGCGGAUGGCACUCACCGUUGGGGUCCAGACCAUCAUGGAGGCGAGAGAGGUGAUUAUCAUUGCCACAGGAAGUGCAAAGGCCCUUGCUAUCCAACAAGCAAUCGAGGGAGGGGUGAGCCAUCUGUGCACUCUAUCCUGUUUGCAGCUGCACCCCUGCAGCAUGGUGGUUGUGGACGAUGACGCAACCCUAGAGCUCAAAGUCAAGACGGUCAAAUACUUCGCGGGGGUGGAGAGGACCAUCCUGCAAAAAGGCCUAAGUGACGACGUUCCAACAACACCGAUUGACCCCAUUUCGACCACAACUCCAUCCAGGCGACCACAGGAUGGCGAACUGACCCCGGAUAGCAUGUCGUCACGGAUUGACACACCAAAACCUUUGUCUGUACGAUCGGCGACGAUCCCGUUCGCGCUUGCUUCCCCAAUUUCGUGA